AUGGAGUCCCAGUGCGACUACUCGAUGUACUUCCCGGCCGUGCCGCUGCCGCCGCGCGCGGAGCUGGCGGGGGACCCGGGCCGGUACCGGGCGCUGCCCCGGCGCAACCACCUCUACCUAGGGGAGACGGUUCGCUUCCUGCUGGUGCUGCGCUGCCGGGGCGGCGCGGGGUCCGGCGCCGGGGGCGGCCCAGGCUUGGGCUCCCGUGGGGCCUGGGCGGAACUGGCGACCGCCCUGGCCGCCCUGGCCUCGGUCAGCGCUGGAGGCGGGGCGCCCGGGGGCGGUGGCUCGGGCGACCAGGACCCCGAACCCCCGGGGGGCGGGGACCCUGGCGGUGGGGGGUUGUUUCGAGGCUGCAGCCCCCUCCUCACCCACGGCCCGGGCCCUGCUACCUCAGGGGGAGCGACCACGCUGCCUGUGGAGGAACCAAUUGUGUCCACAGAUGAGGUCAUCUUCCCACUCACCGUUUCACUGGAUAGACUGCCCCCAGGGACACCUAAGGCCAAGAUUGUAGUGACCGUGUGGAAGCGGGAGGUUGAGGCACCGGAGGUCAGAGAUCAAGGCUACCUGCGCUUGCUGCAGACCCGGUCUCCUGGGGAGACCUUCAGAGGCGAGCAGAGCGCUUUCAAGGCCCAAGUGAGCACCCUGCUGACUCUGCUGCCCCCUCCGGUUCUGAAGUGCCGCCAGUUCACUGUGGCUGGAAAACACUUGACCGUGCUCAAGGUGCUGAACAGCUCUUCCCAGGAGGAAAUUUCUGUCUGGGAUAUCCGCAUUCUCCCAAACUUCAAUGCCAGUUAUCUACCUGUCAUGCCCGACGGCUCUGUGCUGCUGGUGGACAAUGUCUGUCACCAAUCUGGGGAAGUCUCCAUGGGCUCCUUCUGUCGGCUCCCUGGUACCUCUGGCUGCUUCCCCUGCCCACUUAGUGCCCUGGAGGAACAUAACUUCCUGUUUCAGCUCAGAGGGGGUGAGCAGCCCCCUCCAGGGGCCAAGGAGGGCCUAGAGGUUCCCCUGAUCGCUGUGGUUCAGUGGUCCACGCCGAAGUUGCCCUUCACCCAGAGCAUCUAUACCCACUACCGCUUGCCCAGCAUCCGCCUCGACCGCCCGUGCUUUGUGAUGACUGCUUCUUGUGAGUCCCCUGUUCGGACCUAUGAGCGUUUCACUGUUACCUAUACGCUGCUCAACAAUCUCCAAGACUUCCUUGCUGUAAGGCUCGUGUGGACCCCAGAGCACGCCCAGGCUGGAAAGCAGCUGUGUGAGGAGGAGCGCCGGGCCAUGCAGGCAGCCCUGGACUCCAUCGUCUGCCACACACCCCUCAACAACCUCGGCUUCUCCCGGAAGGGCAGCGCGCUCACCUUCAGUGUGGCCUUCCAGGCUCUGCGGACCGGGCUCUUCGAGCUGAGCCAGCACAUGAAACUGAAGCUGCAGUUCACUGCCAGCGUGUCCCACCCGCCGCCCGAGGCUCGGCCUCUCUCUCGCAAGAGCAGCCCCAGCAGCCCUGCCGUCCGGGACUUGGUGGAGAGGCACCAGGCCAGCCUGGGCCGCUCUCAGUCCUUCUCCCACCAACAGCCCUCCCGUAGCCACCUCAUGAGGUCGGGCAGUGUGAUGGAGCGCCGGGCCAUCACGCCCCCCGUGGCCUCCCCUGUCGGCCGCCCCCUCUACCUGCCCCCGGACAAGGCUGUGCUCUCUCUGGACAAGAUCGCCAAACGCGAGUGCAAGGUCCUGGUGGUGGAGCCGGUCAAGUAG